AUGCUUCCUAAUAUUACCUUUAAACAGGGUAAUACUUGCCCCACAAUACUAACGCAUAUUUCUCAUAGGCCUGUUGAGGAAUACCCUCUCUGCUUAAUCACGAAGCAAAAAAGCUUUCAUUCAUCUGAGCUACAAAAUGUCUCCGAUCAUCUAGAAGCUGUAAAGUCGGAAGCUCUGCUCGGUAAAUGGGAGCUUCACUUACUCCGAACUGGACACCCUUCAGAGUCGGUAGCAGAGAGACUCCUACCUCUUACUAAGAUUGUCCACUCCAACACGUCGGUGACGAAGUAUUCAUUGGAUGGUGAAACAAAGAAGUUUCUUCCCGAUUGGGGCGAGAUGUUUCUGUUGGAAAUCGCCUAUCGCGGUCUUUGCUCUAUGGCUAUGAUAUAUGAUGAUCAUCCACGGAUAGAUUACCUUCGCUAUGUUAAUAAACACAUCAUUGCCGGUGCUCACUGGCCAAGAAAGGAAGACGAAGCCGGAGUGUUAUAUUUCUACCUCACCAAGUGUUAA